CCACUGUAUUUUUGUUCUUUCUUCCCUCAAAAUUUCAAGGGAUUACGUUAAAGAUGUGGACAGAUCUACUUUUACAAGCCGCUAUAAUUCUGGUUACGAUCUUCAUGUUCCUCGCUAUGCACGAUAUUCCUCAAAAGAUCUUCACCAAAAUCCGUUACAGGAAUCGAGCUGGCUUCCAAGCUAAGCACCAUUUCGUCCUCGGAGCUCAGCUCCUAGCUCAAGCCAGAUCCUCCGAGUCCCGUUCAUCCACCGCCUCCUUAGCUCAGAAAGCCGAAUCCGAAGCCGACAAAGCUAUUUCUCUUGAUCCGAAAGACGCCGCUUCUUACAUCCUCAAAGCCCUCGCUCUUGACCUCCAGGGCUUCAAGUCCUCCGCCCUUGACUCCCUCGACGUCGCUCUCUCCCCUCUUGCUUCCAAGUCGUUGACUGAUAAAGAACGGGGCGACGCACUGUUUAAAAGAGCCGAGUUGAAGAUGAGCAUGAACCGCCGCAGCAGCCAUGUCGACUCUGCGAUCCACGAUUUGACCAGGGCUGUAAAAUUACUCGGGCAUAACGCCAGGGCGUUUUGUCUGUUGGGAGAUUGUUACGAAACGAAGAAUAUGAAAACGGAAGCUAGAGCUGCAUUCCAGGAAGCUCUUAAGGUCGAGCCUACCUCCACCGUUGCUCAAGCCGCCAUUGACCGAUUGGGAUCGUAGUUUUGACGUCGUCGUUUUAAGAUUUUUCAUUAUUAAGGGAGUGAAAAUAUUGUUUUGUUGUAUUUUUCUAUUUCGAUUUGUUGUACUUUUCUAUCAAAUUGGAAAACAUUCCCGAUCCCUUUUUUUCAUAAA